GCCUGUGAGUUCGCGAACACACGGGAGUGCCUCGGCAUCUAUGCCGGCCUCUUCUCCUCGGGCCUGGGGAAGUACGACACCACGAUCUUCGACACUUUCCGGGCCUUUGGCUUCACGGUUUUCGCGACUUGCAUCUUCAGCGUGGCAAAGGCGGGGCUCUAUGCCUGCCAGGACUUCCGGUUCAUGGCUAAGGCUUCUACGCUGGUGUUCUUGGUGAUCUUCCUUCCUGUGCUGCUGGUGGCACGUUUUUUCUUUGUGAGCGCGACGGCGCUGUACGUGGCUUCUGUGCUGCCCAGCUGGAUACUGACUCUCGUGUUCCUCUGGCGCCUUCAAAGGAACUGCCAGAAGAUGAUACAGCGGACGAGCCUGCCCGGGAGGCAUGAGGUGAGCAUGGGCCAGAUUUGA